AUGGUAUCAGCUGUAUUAUUAGUGCAUAAGGCAACGCCGGGCACAAUCACUCAAUUCCACGACAUCCUCUCGAACAGACUUCCCACACUCAAAGGUAAAUGGAGCUUCACCUUCAAGAUCUUCAGGAAUAACAUCUAUUCCAUACCCCCAGAGCUUGCUGAAACCCACGAUUCGGCUCCUGAAUCACAAUUCUUGUACACCUGGUCCCCUUCAUAUUUGAACGAUUCCUGCGUCACUCUAAUAAACAAGAAGAAUGCCACAGUCAUGAGUCACAUAGUUCAGGAAGAACUUGGAUCUUCUGGAAACGCUGAAUUGGCUAUUCCUAAUGAUCACCUUCACAAAGGCGCUACGUCUGGUCUCAAUGAUUCGUUUGAUUUCUUGGUGGGCCACAGAAUGCAAAGUAUGUGGACUCAAAGACAAACGAUCAGAGGUGAUGGCGGGCAAAUUUAUGAACUAGAGAACGGAAAUGUCACUAUUAGAACCGCCAAUGUUUCACUUCACGGAAAUUUUCGGGGAUUCUUGAUUCAAAUUGAAGACGACCAUACAAAAUCUGAUACUACAGACCGGAAAGCAAUUAUCGAUGAACUCAUUAAAAAGUACGACAUUCCAUCCGGCAACCUUUGCUUCGAUGUUAUGGACCCAGCCCAAUUAGACAUCUAUGGGGAUUUGGCUCUUCAAUACGCUGAAAUCUUGAACUUCUAG